AUGCGCAUGCAAACUCUAGCCGCCCGCGCCCUCCUAGGCGGACUCGCCUACGAACGGCUUCCCACCGUGCCUGGUACCUCGCCCAAACCAAACCAAGGUCUCGUUGCCAUUGGUACCGGUAGCAAUGCGGCGGGUUGUGGUAUAGGCGAGACGACAUGUGGAAUCGGGUGUAUGCCGUUGGCUAGUACUUGCUGCUCUGGAAAAGGAUACUGCGACCCAGGCGAAUACUGCACCGUAAGGGAUACCUGUUGUCCGAUUGGCAAGACCUGUUCGCCUGGUGGUGGGUGUGAUGCUGGAAAGGUACUUUGUGGUGAUGGUUGUAUGCCCGCGGGCGCCGUCUGCUGUCCCGACCAUGGCUAUUGUGACGCCGGCGAAGUUUGUACUGACCACGGAACUUGCGCUGUUGGUUCAGGUGGUGGAGGUAGCGGAGGCGGGGGCGGUAGCGGUUCCAACACCUGCAGUGCCGCCGGAAAGGAAAACUGUGAUGUCGGCUGGUGCAUGCCGCUGGGAAGUGUCUGCUGCGCUACCGGCGAAGGGUGGUAUUGCGAUUCCGGCUUCUACUGCACAGCAACCGGCUGCUGCAGAAACGGUAGGACCUGCAGCAGUUCAGGAGGCAGCGGCUCUGGCGGAGGUGACGGUGGCGGUGGUUCCAAUCCCGCGCCCACGACGACAACUCGGACGCAGGCACCGGCGGUGACAUCGUCUUCUUCUUCUUCCGUCGCCGCGCCACCAGUGCAGACAGAGGAUUCUGCUAGCGGCGAUGGCCACCCGGGAGCGACGAUGCCGCUUCAUCCAAGUCUCAGCGUCGAUGAUGGGACUACACCGUCUAGCACGCCAAUGAGCUCCACGACGUCAAGUACUUUGUCUUCGACGCGGGCUGCGCAGUCCACGGGACUUUCGACGGGAGAUGUUACGCAGCCGGGAGGAGCUGGUGUGCUGUCGGUAUCGGUCGGGCUCGUUCUAACUGCGGUUGUAGGAAUGGUGGGCUUCAUGCUCCCUAUUCUUUGA